AUGUUGCAACAACAAAGCCUUCCUCUCACUUCUUCUUCAAUGCCCACCAAUCUCACCAACCAAAUGGCUCCCUUUUCCCUUCUUCUCUCAACCGAUGGAAUGAAACAUUUUUUUCUUCAUUAUAUCAUUCCAGAUUUCUUUACUCCGAGAGAAAUUAUUCAAAUCUUUUGUUCUCAUCAUUUCAAUCAUGACAUUCGAAAUGAAAUUCUAGCUUUGGAAUGGAUUUGGGAUUUACAAUUUAAAUAUUUAUUUCCAACUUUGUAUGAAAUGAAAAAUCAAUUAUUGACAAAAAAUUGGUGGACUCGUCAACGACAAGUUCAAUUGAAUGAAUUACUUGAUUUGGAAUCGAAACCACAACUGUUGACAUUAUCUGACAAUGGAGAGAAUUUACUUCCAUUUGGUCAACAGGAUCGAACUGAUUUCACACCCGGCAUGGUUCGAAUCAAUUGUCGAAAUGAAGUAUUGAGUUUAAUAUUUGGAAUUUGUGUCGAUCAUUCGUUUUAUGAAACGAAUUUUAAAAUUGAAAAUCGUGUGAUGAGAAACAAGAAACGUGCGAAAAAUUUUGACAUGUUUCGAUUUUUCUAUGAUCGAAAUGGUAUUAGAAUGCAAUCGAUUGGUCAUGAUAUAAAGACCAAUCGAUUGCAUUCUAAUACCAUUUCAGACCAAUAUACCAUUCACAAUAUCAUGCAAAAAGUUUUUUCGAACACAGACAAGAAGGAAUCUCGAUUCCAAUUAAUUCAAACACUUAAAAACAAGUAUGAAAAAUUAUAUGAAUCGUUACUUGUGGACAUGAUCUUUAAAAGUAACAUGCCACUCACUGCUUAUUCACUAUUGAAAAAAGGUUAUACCCAUUCAUUGCCAAAUGAACAAUUUUCCAAUACUGACGAAACUAUUUACUUUCCAUAUAUAGAUUUUUCACUUGGACAAAAUCGUGGAUAUUAUUGUCGAUUUUUUCAGAUACAUCCACAUGUCACACUCAAUGAAGAGGCGUUGCAACAAAAUAAUAACGGAAAACCCACUCAAUUACGAUGCUUGAUCAAAUACCAAAGUUGUGUUUAUUAUUCUCAAAUAAUCGUCGAAGAAUCGAAACAAGUAAUCUAUCCAAGAGAUUUGAAUGUCAUGACUAAAACGUUUGAAACUUUUUGCAUUUUAACUCAAGAAGCAAUGAAGGUACAAGUUCCAUUCCACCGUUUGGAGGGAAAUGCUUUUUAUCAUGAUUUUCAACUAGACAAAACUCCAAAUUCGUUGCAAGAUGUUUCACAAAUGUCAUUCAGGACCGAAAAUUUGUAUUUUACAAGACCAUAUUGUAUGAAUUCACAUUAUUGUGUCAGAAUUUUGUAUCAGAAAAGAGUGGAUCAACUCGUUCAUGCCAUGAUGAAACAUCAUUUCGAUCGAGACCAAUUGACACAAUGCACCCAAGCGAUUUGUUCCGAGUUGGCGAACUAUCCUUCAAAACAAGAAAUUUCACACCUCUUGUGUCGCUCUUCAAAGUUUCAAGACAUUUUCCCAUUCGAUGAUUUUCAAAAGUUAUCCGAUCGAUUGAAACAAAAAAUUUGGAAAGCAUAUCGAGGACAAUUUAAAAUGGAGCACUCGUUGGUAAAAUCCAUUGAUAAGUGCAUUCGAAGAUAUAUUCAUUUAUUUGUUCUCUCUCAGCCACACAUCAUUGAACAUGAUUUCAAUUGUUUUACUUUGCCCUACCUUUACACUCUGCAUGAAUUUGACAUUGUUACGCAUGUUUGUAAAUUGGUUCAAUAUAGAAUUGAAACUGUGUUAGAGAAUGAUAGUACUGCUCAGCAUUUCCAGAAACAAGCAAACACUUCGUUUGACACUAUUGAAAAUGAGUUGCGACAUGUGUUUCAUCAGCUAAAUUUCCUUAAUGAACCUUUAUUGUGUCCCUCAUCAAAAUAG